CUUGUUUGUAUAAGUCCGUAUUGAUACUUUCAUUAGAAUUAGUAAGGUAAGACCUAGCUCCACUUGUUUGUAUAAGUCCGUAUUGAUACUUUCAUUAGAAUUAGUAAGGUAAGACCUAGCUCCACUUGUUUGUAUAAGUCCGUAUUGAUACUUUCAUUAGAAUUAGGAAGGUAAGACCUAGCUUCACUUGUCUGUAUAAGUCCGUAUUGAUACUUUUAUAUUUAAUAAAAGACCGCUAAAAUUUUCACAAAGUAUAUAUAUAGUUGUACAUAUCCAUCUUACAAGAUUUGUAUGUGCAACAACUUCCCUCAAGGAUAACUUGCAUAAAGACAAAAUAGAGAGCUAAUUACUCUUUGUCUUGUUUUCUUCUUUAAUUUUAAAUAUGGAAAAAUACCAAUAUGAGAAGAAGCCAAGAGUUUUGUGCCUCCAUGGCCAUGCAACUAGUGCUAAUAUAUUUAAGAAAGAAUUGGAACUUGGUUGGCCACAAUAUUUACUUGAUAAACUAGAUUUGGUGUUCUUGGAUGCACCUUUUUUACUUCAAGAUAAAGUGGAUGUUCAUGACAUCUUUUAUCCACCCUACUAUGAAUGGUUCCAAUCUACUGAGGACUUCAAGGAAAUUUACAAUUUUGAAGAAUGUAUUCAAUAUGUUGAAGCUAAUAUGGAGAAGUAUGGACCAUUUGAUGGUGUUUUAGGUUUUAGUCAGGGAGCAGUUAUAGCUGCAUCAAUGCCAGGGAUGCAAAGGGAUAGAGUGGCUCUAACCAAAGUCCCAAAAAUUAAAUUUGUGAUGUUAAUAGCAGGGGGAAAAUUUGGAGGAAUUGAAUUGGGAUGUCCAAUUGAGUGUCCAUCUUUGCACUUCAUAGGUGAAAAGGAUCCUCAUCUACUACAUGAAGAAGAACUUGCGGGGUGCUUCGUGAAUCCUGUUGUGAUUCAUUAUCCAGAGGGCCACAAAGUACCAAACUUAGAUGCUGAAAGGACAGAAAUUGUGAUAGAAUUCAUCAACAAAGUGAAGAAAAUUAAGAUGCCAUUGCAGGGAAACUCAAGAUUGUAACAAUAGCAAAUGUAAUUUUGUGACUAUAAUUUAAAUUUAAAUCCAUUUAGUUUGAAGACAAAAUAACAAAUUUGUCCAAUAAUCUUGACUUGGCUUUUACACUUUUGAUGUAAUAACUUAAAAACAAAUUAUCUCUGUUGUCAAAUUUUCUAAUUUGGGAUUAUUGUGUUGCAUUACUAUUUGGUAUAGUUAUAUGAAAUUAUGAACUAUAAUUUUAGU